UCUGGUAACAUGGAAAAAAACAAACAAACAAAAAAAAAUUACAAACAUUAAUUGCAUUUUUCUACAGUGUAUGACAAACACAACAAGAGAUGGUGAAUGUUGGACAAUGUGGAAUAGUCCCAACCUGCAUAACUUUGGGAUCCUCAUAGCCUACUCUUUGACACAGUUAAACAUUUGGGUAAGGUUGGUUUUAUAUGGGCACAUUCGGACUUCUGCAUUCAGUUACUUUGCUAACCACACUACAUUGGACAUUCAGCGGACAUUCGCAAGUAAGUAUGACAUUAAAACAAUACUUGCCCAUUUUGAUCGAUUGUGAAAAAAAAUAUCCACGUAUCCACAUGAAGUAAUUGUAAUUUAGUCAUGGAUGACUGCACAAGAAAAACGAUCAUACCAAUAAAAACUUUUAAAAGUGCAAUAAGAAGUUAAACAAAUUUAUUUUAGACAUAAUUUCAUAGUUUAGACAUCGGUCUGUUAAGGUUAACUUUAUGAAAUAAUCCUCAAACAUUCUGAGAUAGAGCGGAACUGAGAUUCUCAGUUUCACAAUCAGCCGCGCAUGUCUGGUAAUAUCUCAUUAAUAUUCAUGUAUGCUCCACCCACGGAAACCGAAUAUCUCAGAAACCAAAAAUCUCGUAACACCGGUCGCAACAUAUUUCUGGACGAGACAAGUUUGCCUGCUGCAGAAUCACUCUCCAUUCUCCGCUGUUUCCGGAGUGAAUUCAGACUAUAAAAGAACAACCAUCAGCUCACAGACACCAUCAUCUACUGAUGAACAUCUUCAAGACACAGACCGAAAGGAAAGUGGGAGGAAAACUAGGAUCAUGUGAUUCUGACGUAACUUGAACUAAUAUAUUUCUCCCAGGAACAACGCUCAUUCAAACCUCCUCAAACAAAAGCAGAAAGAAUCACGAAUCGCCUGAAAUGAACAUGAGAGUUUUCUACAAGAGUCUGUUGUCUUUACUGGGCUUUUUCUCAGUUCAGACGAAAGCAGAAAGAGAAGUGAACGUAGCAAGUUGGGGAACAGCCGAUCAAUCGACAACAUUUUACGGCUUUGAUCGUGACUGGCGUGCCCAAAACGCUCUGGAUGGGUCGAGGUAUGGCUGUACUUGUACAGACGAACAAAGUAACCCGUGGUGGAAGCUGGAUCUGAAGAAGACGUACAGUGUGAACAGAGUGAGCAUCACUAACAGACUCAUCUGUUGUGAAAACUGGAUAGACGGAGCAGAGAUUCGGAUUGGAAACGAUUCUUCAGAUGUUUUCAGUAACCCAGUAUGUGCUGUAGUUUCUUCUAUUGCAGCAGGAGCAACCGAAAGCUACUCGUGUCGUGGGAUGGAGGGACGCUAUGUGACUCUGAAUAUUCGUGGAACUUCAAAGACUCUUACUUUCUGUGAAGUGGCAGUCUAUGUGAUUUUUCCAGGUAAUUUGGCAACAGGAAGAACCGUCACACAGUCGUCAACCUAUGACAGCUGGUCUGCUCAACAGGCCAUUGAUUUCAAUCCUGGUGUCACAAAUUCACGGUCAGCAUGUUCUUCAACCGAUAUGCAGACUAACCCAUGGUGGAGGGUGGAUCUGCGUUAUAUUUACAGCGUAAGUAGAGUCGUCAUCACAAACAGACUAGACUGCUGUGCAGAGAAUAUAAACGGAGUGGAGAUUCGCAUCGGAAACUCUUUGGAGAACGACGGCAACAACAAUCCCAUCUGCACUGUGGUUUCUAGCAUUCCAGCUGGUGUUUCCUCCACCUACACAUGUAACGAUAUGGAGGGACAAUACGUGAAUCUGAUCAUUCCUGGAGAUUCAAAGGAUCUCACUCUGUGUGAGGUGGAGGUCUAUGGAGAAGGUCCUUUAUUCCAAGACUCUUGUGAAGAUGAACCUUAAGUUUGAGUCUGUCUGAACCUCCAGCUCCUGUCACAGCUUCUGGCGGAACGAGUGAUUUCUGACAUGAAGAAAGAGAUGAUGAUGAUGAUGAUGAUAAAGUCUCUUCAGAUCAGCUUUGAUGUUCUUUAUUUACAUGCUGGAAUUUUCUCCAUUCCUCAAUCUUGAUCACAAAGUUGUAUGUGAAAAUUGAAACUACUGAUUCCUGAUUGCUGCUUUGAAGCCAUUUGUAUUGUAUAAAGUGCAAGUACUUGACAAUGUGGGGGCAAUGUUAUUUAGGAUAUUAAGUAAAGAUCAAGUUCCAUGAAGAUAUUUUGUAAAUUUCUUACAGUAAAUGUAUCAAAACUUAAUGUUUGAUUAGUAAUAUGCAUUGCUAAGACCUUCAUUUGGACAACUUUAAAGGCGAUUUUUCUCAGCAUUUAGAUUUUUUUGCACACUCAGAUUCCAGAUUUUCAAAUAGUUGUAUCUCAGCUAAAUAUUGUCCUAUUCUAACAAACCAUACAUCAAUGGAAAGUUUAUUUAUUCAGCAUAAAUCUUCAUUUCGAAAAAUUGACACUUAAGACUGGUUUUGUGGUCCAGGGUCACAUAUAACGUUGUUUGGAAUGAUAAUAUUUCUGACCACUAGAUGUCAUCAGCAGCAUCUUUACUGAUGCUAUGACAAACAAGCAAGUUUAAGAACAGUUUUAAUAUUAAUGAUAAAAUAUUACAUGGUACACUGUAAAAUAUAUGAUCAGUCAACAGGUUUUAUCCAUUACUUUAACUCAUAAUUUACCAAUUUCACAAAAUUUUAAGUGAUAUGAGAUUCAACUAGACAAGAUUGAAAAAAAUAAGUGUUUUAACAUUUACAAGUAUAAUUAUCUGCAUGCAUUCCGGUUUGGGUGGUUGAACAGUUUGUUUUACUAUUAAAACCAGCUUUAAUAUUUGUGCGAAUGACAUUGUGCACCUUAUAUACUAAUAUUUUCUUUCUCAGCUUAUGGAAGAGCUGCUUGUGAUGAGCUUUUGUUCAUCAUGUCACUUUCUUUUUGGUGGUUAUCAGUGUAUUACAAAGGUACAAAACAGAUUUCAG